AUGUCGUUCGCGGCUGGCUCUCUCGCUGGUGCACUUGUAAUGGGUGGUAUUUACCAUGGGUUUUCGAACUUGAUGCAAACAAGGACUGCCCAGCACCGUGCCGACAUUCAUACCCUCUCGGAACGUCUCGUUAGCGCCUCGACUACAAUUCCCUCUCCUCCGCCUGCGUCCACGCGCAUAACGUACCAUCCGCUUACAUCGCUCAUUCAGUCCAAGUGGAACAACGAGGUCGCUGGUUUAUUCGGAACUGUCUGCCAAUGGGAGCAGCGUGCAGUGGAGUUGGGGAAGAAAGUUCUGUAUGGUGGUGACUCAUGA